AUGUCCAUAUUUUCUCACAUCAGGAAGAGUCGGCAGCAGGCCAAGGAGCACAGUGCCAUGGUGGCCGAACGGAGGAAAAAGGAGGAGGAGGAAAAGGUGCCGUACAAGCAUGUGCCCACGCAUGCCGCCACCGACGCCAUUGCCAGCGCUCCGCCGGGCUGGAGAGAAGCAGAUCGACCGCGGAUCCUCGAGCACAACCGGCGGAGAAGCGCCAUGGCGGCCAGCGGCCACCACAUGAACAUGCCCGGUGCGCCUCGGGUUGGCAGCAGCCUCUCUCACGUCUCCUACCCCGGCGAUGGCGCCGACCCGGUCGCUCGCUUUCCGAGGACGUACAGCUACAGUGGCAUCUCGUCCCCGUCACAACGUAGCCAAGAGGUCGUCUACUCGGUUCACGAUGGCUACUACCUGCAGCCGGCAUCGUGGAAGGGCAAGGAGAUUUGCAGAGGGGUGGACUCGCCGCAGCGAAUCAGCCCAUGCCCUAGCAAAGGUUGGUCAACGACAGCCACGCCGUCAUCUCUCGCUUUUCCAUUGCCUGACUUGCAGCACCAUGGUGGAACAGGAGAGCCGUCGCCGGUGGAUAGCUCGACCGGCUCGAGCAGCUCCCAAGAUGACCUCGAGAUCAAGCCUACCCAUCCAGCGGUGCCACCGACGGAAUCGGUCCAUCGACUGCAUCCGAGCCAUCGCCGUCGAAUAUCCGACGGUGCUUCGGACAAGCCAGCCUCCGCGAGGCCUCCUCCGCCUGCCUGCUACGGCCAAGAUUCUCGCCCCCCUCCCUCGAUGAGGGGAUUCGCCUCCAUCAACCGGGUGGCGGCGACGCCAACCAUGCACAUCGGUGCCCUGCCUCCGACGACGAGCAUACCCUCUCCUACGUCGUGGAAGCAACCGAGCAUGGAUGGCCCAUGCCAAUCGAGCAUGAACCCAAAGAACACACGCGCCUGCUCUGCCACCACGCUACCCGGUCUCGCCUCGGUAGCGGUGGCAACCCCGGAUGUCGGCUGGUCCGUCGGUGCACCGUCCGAACCUGGCGCCACACGAUCCAGAAAUUCGUCGGUGAGUCGGCGCGAUCCGGUGAAAAGAAGGGCCACGGACGAGCCCGCCGAGAAGACGACUCGAUUCUCUGCUCCGGAGCGCACCAUGCCCACCGGCGUGGAGCCGCGGUGUCGAGAUGGCCCAACACCACCGAGCGCGCCGGGCGAAGGGAUACUCAACGCAUUUCCCGAACCAGCGGCAGUGGAUGGUUCGUUUUUAUCAUCGAGCAGCAAGAGCAAGAAGCUGUCCAAGAGGGAGGGGAAGCUGGUCAAGAGGAGCCGGUGGUUGAGUUCCAAAGCCUCGGCCGUCGCUGUAUGA